UCCACCAUGUAUAGAGUAUAUCUGUAUAUGUAAGCAUGCUUCUGUGGUUGUGUUUGUGUGCUGCAAAAUGCCUAUCCACUGUUUGAAGUAAUUUCUGACUAGGAAUGCAUUGUUAUUAAACCACAACGAUGGACUCUGAUUUCUUCUGCUGGUAUAGAAUUGUUCUAUUGGUUCAAAUAUUUUGUACCUUAGUCACAGCAAAAUGAGUGAAAUUGUAUGAUUUUAUAGUAUUAUCUCCAUCCCCAAGCGGCCAAAAUUCUCGUCAUCUCAAGCAUUUAUAACUCUAUCCUUUGAUAAGUCUCACUCAUUGUGCUCAACUGAAAAACAAAAAGACAAAAGGAAAGACAGCUCUUAUUCAUGGAUAUUUGUUUGAAAUUUGGAAAUCCUAUUUCAUUUCCAAAUGAGACGGAACAUUUAUAGAUUAAAACAGAUAAGACCAAUACCAAUUAUUCACGAUUUUGUAAUUGCUUUUGCCUCUCUUUCACCUGGUGGCAUAUGCCCUAUAUGCAUAUGUGUACCAUUUGUUGUUACCUUGCGAGCAGAAUCUUGAGAAAAUUUUAUGCUACUUACUGCUUCACUUUCAAGCAUGAAAACAUGAUAGUUUGGGUUAAUGAUUUGAUUAUCUCAGUCGAGAAGACCCAGGAAAGUAUGUAUAUUAUCUAGAUGGAAGUUUAAUUGCAUCGAACGUAAAUAAGACAUGGAAGACUUUUAUCCGCUUUGAUCUGCUGCUGUAGAGGUUUGUCUACUCUGUUAUGCUGCCUAAUUUAUUUGGCCCAAGAUGUUUAUCUCCAGCUUUGCUCCAUUUAAUUUCUACGAACAAAAAUUUGGAAACUAAUUCAAGGUGAUGAAUUAUCUGCAGUUUUGCUUGAAGCUUGGUAAAGUUGAUCAUAAUCCAUGAUGAAUUAUCUGCUGGGUUGGGGAAUGGAGUUGUUUUCCUUUUGUAUGUAUUGAAUUCCAUUGUGAUGUCUGGUUGAGAAUUUUAUCUGGUCACUAAAGCAUGAGAAUUACUUCUUGUCUAUUUUCCAGUUUUAUUGUACUUUCGAUGUUUGUGGACAGAAGAUGUGAUGUCAAAUUGAUUGCUGAACUUUGAUUUUUCUCCGUACUUUCUGCUAAUGAUAUCUGCAACUUGUUUCUGAAACUGUUCUGUCAAGCUCGGAUUCGGAGGAGUUAUUGGACACCUUUCCAGAUAAUCAAGUGGCAACAUGGCAUCUAGGCGGCAGAUUCGCUACAGUCGUCUUGCUGAUGACGAAAAUUAUGGUUAUGAUGAUGGGACAAGGCACAAUGACCCUCGGUUUGACUAUUUUCCAAAAUCCCGUGAUAAAAUCCCAUGGAAAUCCAUUGCCCUUGCUCUUUUUCUACUACUUCUCGGAUGCCUACUCCUCUUGCUUGCGUGCUUCAUCUUUACUGGUCAUAUGGGAGGAGAGCUAUCGCAAGCAUACAGCCUCCUUGGAUUGGGGAUCCUCGCCUUCCUUCCCGGAUUUUAUGAAACUCGAAUUGCAUAUUAUUCCUGGAGAGGCGCCCAAGGAUACUGCUUUACAUCUAUACCUGAUUACUGAAUCUUCUGCUGUCCUGAAUGUUCAGAGUUGGAGCUUGCUGAAACUUUAUUGUCAGUACCUGUUGUCUAUAAAUCUACUUUACAGAAAUGAUUCAGUUUCUCUGUGUUGAUUAUUUAGCUCAGUCAUGCUGAGCACUUAUUCUUAAAGCCUUCGGCGAAGACUUCUAUCAGUUUUAUCAAAUCGUUUGAUUAAAAAUUUGGAAAUCACACAGUUUCAAUGUACUCCUCUUUAAACUUAUAAAGUCGAAAGGACUCCGAUUCCAGAACAAGACCUACAAUCUAAAGGCAGAAGAAGGUAGAAGAAAGCAGCAGGAAACCUCUUGUAGCCUGAAUGAGAUCUUAUUUGUGGAUGAAUGGAAAGGUUCUUUUAUCAAA